ACUAAAGUGUAGAAACGGCACACUUCUCGAUAAGCCUGUUUGAUUGUCUUGUUUUGUUGGAUCGAACGAACAAUUAAUCACUUUGUUUUCUUCUUCCUUCUUUCCACACUUUCAAACACACCCUAAUUCUAUACGUGUUUCAAUCCUCACCCUUCAAACAACUCUUUCAUCUUCUUCUCUAUCUCUCUCCUCAAUAUCUAACUUUUUUUUUCUUCUUCUUGCUUUUCACUUCAAGGUGCACUUGUUAAGCAACAACACAUGAGAAGUCUUUGGAAAAUUCAACAAUUUUUCAAAUAACACAUGAAAAGGAGGUGAAGCUCUGAAUGAAACCUACUAAUCAGUCUUUUUAGCUUUUGAAAACUGAGAAAAAAAUAAGCCUUAAACAAGGGUUUCUGACUUAGACUGUGAUACAUCAUUAUCAUUCAAUAUUUUACAAAAUUAAAUAAAAAGCACUUUUUCUCAUCACUAUACAGCCAAACAACUUAUUUAUUAAGCCUCAAUGCUAAACCACAUAGCAUAGGAGUUUCUCAUUCUAAGUUUGUGUUGAGCAUGAUUGUGAAAUGGAGGAUGAGACUCAAGCAUGUAGUAAGUUUCCAAGGCUUGGAAAUGUUAGCAACAAGAAUGUAGGUUCGGGUUCCGGUAGAAGGAAGAGUGAUGGAGGAGUUGUUGGAAGUGAUUUUCAAACUUGGCAGGAGCGGCGGCAAGAAGAAGAAAACUCUUCGAGAAUCGUUAGAGUGUCGCGAGGUUCGGGUGGGAAAGAUAGACAUAGUAAAGUGAUGACUUCGAAGGGUUUGAGAGAUAGAAGAGUUAGGCUUUCGGUUACGACGGCGAUUCAGUUUUAUGAUCUUCAAGAUAGGCUUGGUUAUGAUCAACCGAGUAAAGCGGUUGAUUGGUUGAUUAAGGCUGCUUCGGAUUCUAUCUCCGAGCUGCCUUCGCUGGACAAGACAUUCGCUCGAGCUGAUCAGAGUGAUGAGAAAAGACAAGACGAGUUUGAGUUUGAUGAAGGACGGAACAGGAACAAGAAUGUUUGUUUGUCUAAGUCUGCUUGUAGCAGUACUUCGGAGACAAGUAGAGAAAAUGAGUCUAGCAUUGCACAACAACAGCAACAUCAAUGUCAUCAACAUCAUCAAAACAUGUCUCAAACAGCUUCUUUUACGGAGUUACUCACUGGCGGAAUUGGAAGUAGUAACAAUGGAUCAAUUCAUGAUAAUCAGAUUCAUCAUGGAUGUUUCUCAGGACAUUCCCCUUUUAGUAGUGAGAAUGAGAGUCAGCUGCAACAUUUUCCAUUCAUGUCUGAGCAACAUCUUAUGCAACCAUCCGUGGUUAAUUCGUCUUCAUCGUCGUCUUCUCAUCAUCAUGAUAAUUACAAUCUCAACUUCACGAUAUCCUCUUCGGGCCUUGUUGGUUACAAUAGGGGGACCCUUCAGUCCAAUUCACUUUUGCCUCACUUCCAGAGGUUUUCAACCAUGGAUCAUGGAUCAUCAACAACAACAUCAUCAUCCAAUAAUCUACCUAGUUUCUUCUCAGUUCCUCCUCCCGCUGUUGCUGCUACUCCAACCAUGGAUCAGCAACUUCAUUUCUCACCUCUCUUUGAUGCUCGGUUGCAACUUUUCUAUCGCGAUGGAAGCCAGCAUUCAGAUCAGAAGGACAAAUGCAAUAAGAACUGAAGACCACAUUUUCCUUUGUUCCAUCUUCUUUCCAAGAAACAUUUUACAUGGCCUUCCUAUGCAGGAGUAAAAAGCUGUGUCCUAUCCUUGUUCUCUAUGUAGGAGUAACAAAUUGUGGUCUAUCCUUGUUAAGUGUUGGUAUUUGUUUUGGACCAUUUUGAGUCAUUGAAUUACAUUUUGAGUAUUUGGAAUUUUCUUAUGCGUCCAGAUUAUAUUGUCUUGUAAAAGAAUCUUGAUUGAACUUAUUCUUUUGAUUUCUAUAA